AGUAAAUAUAACAAGUAUAAGUAGACCUAGUAUACUCAAAAAAAAAGUAAGAGGACUAGCUAAAUAAAUACAUAAAUAAAUAAAUUUAAUAUAAAAUAAAUAAAUGAGAAGAAAUCAAAUACUUCCAAUAAAUACCCAAGAAGAUGAAGAAAGCGAAGAUGAGUCAGAAAAUCAAAAUUUUAAUGAAGAUGAAGACGAAGAAUAAACUUUUUUACCGACUAAUAAUUUAAGAAUAACUGUAGAAAGAUUGUUGACAGGAUAAUCAGGAAAGCUAAUUGAAUAUUUUACAGCUUUUUUAAGUUUUUUCUCUGUAGUUUAUUACAUCUUAAGUACUUAUAUAACAAGUAUGGUUAACUAUUUAGAUACUUUAGAUUACAUAGUCCUCAUUUAUUACAUUUCAGAAUUUAGUAUUAGGCUGUGGUCAGCUCCACAUUCUAUAAAUUUUCUAAUUAAAGCUUCUAGCAUUGUAGAUAUUCUUUGCGUUUGGCCUAUUUUUUUUCUACACAAUUAUUCUUAAAUGUCGUAAUUAGGCAAAUUUAUCAGAAUAUCAAGAAAUAUAAGAAUUCUAAAAGUAUCAAUGUUUGCCAAUAAGCACUAUAAAAGUCCAGAUUCUGAGUUUUCAAGUGUCUCUCAUUAAUAUUUUAUUUUAUUUCUCACGUUGACAACUAUUAUUUUGUUAAGUUCUGGAAUUCUAUUGAUUUUUGAAAAUGAUGAUAGGCAUUCUGCCUAUCUUUCAGACAUAGCUAAAGGUUGUACUAGCCCUGGAAAAUCAUCAGCUACUUUUGAUGAAAUGAUUUAUUAUGUAGUAGUAACAUUAGCUACAGUCGGUUAUGGUGAUAUAACGCUAGCUUCAGAUGAAGGAAGAGCAUGUGUCAUUAUAUUGAUAGUUAUCAGUAUUGUUUUAAUUCCUAAAUAAACAAAUGAACUUAUAGUUCUCAUGUAAAUGCAAAGUAAAUAUGCAAGAAACAAAUAUAGAUCUAAUCCGGAAAUACCUCAUAUACUUGUAUGUGGGCAUGUCGAAUUAUCUGCAUUAAAAUUCUUUUGCAAGGAAUUAUUUCAUCCAGACCAUGGCGGUUAAGAUAAACAUGCAAUUAUAUUGUAACACAAUCCUCCAAGUUAAGAAAUUGAAUAGUUUUUACAUAAUCCUCAAUUUGAACUUUUUCUACAUUACUUGCAAGGCAAUCCCAUGCUUGAUAGAGAUUUAAGAAGAACUUCUGUUUAUAGCUCAAAAGCUUGUGUUUUACUCACAGAUAAGUAUAUAACAGAUUCUCACUCAGCAGAUCAUAAGAAUGUUCUAACUGGUUUAGCUAUUAAGAAAUUUGUUCAUCACCAAACAAAAGGUGAGAAUAGUAUACGUCUUUGUAUUCAGCUCAUAAAACCAGAAAGUAAAGCUCAUUACUAUUCUUCAUUGUCUUUCAAGUCAAACGAUUUGCUGAUUGUUGUCGAGGAAUUUAAAAUGAACUUAUUAGCUAAAUCUUGCUUUUGCCCAGGAAUAAUUAGUUUAUUAGGAAACCUAAUUUAGAGUGCAGGAGAAAUAGAUGACUCUCAGUAUGAAGAUGAGUGGUUAAAAGAAUACAUGACAGGUAUAGGUCAUGAAAUAUAUAGAGCUGCUUUAUCCAGCAAAUUUGAAGGUAAAACAUUUACUGAAAUAGCUGCUACAGUAUACAAUGAGUUUGGAGGUAUUUUAUUUGGAAUAGAACUUGAUGUUGGUGGUUAAACUAUAAUAAGAUUAAAUCCAGGAAAUUAUGUGAUACCUAAUACAUUUGAAAAUAAAGUAAAAGUUUACAUCAUUUGUGAAGAUAAAAAAGUUGCAGAUUAAGUGACAAACUAUGAAUUGCUACAAGAAGAGAUUACAUAAUUUUAAUAAAUGUAAAAUCAUUAAAAAAAGAAGUAAAAGGAAUUGGAGAAAUAAGAAAGUAUGUUUUUGUAAAGUGUUUUUGAAGAAGAUUCAGAAGGCCAAAAAAAUAAAGGAAAUAUCGAAGAUAUUGAAAGCACAGAAGGCGAUUAUGUUCUUAUGCCUGAAUCAAUACCUUUGAUAAAUGUAACUCUUAUUAGUUUAAGAGAUUCAAUAAAAGUUACAAACCACAUUGUGUUAUGUGGCAUACACAGUUCUAUCUAUUACUUUAUUCUUCCUCUAAGAGCAAAAUAUCUGAAAGAGUUUUAGUAUAUUGUAAUUUUAUGUGAAGAGUAACCAACUAAGAUUUGGAAUGACAUAAAUCGCUUUCCAAAAAUCAUUUUCAUCAAAGGAUCACCUUUGAAACACGAAGAUUUAAUGAGAGCUAAUAUUUAGUUUGCAGAUAAAGCUGUUAUAUUUAGUAAAGAAGUAACUAAAGAAAUGAAUUAGGUAGAUGAAAUGCUUGAUUCAGAGAGUAUAUUUAUCUACAAGGCCAUUUAAAAGCUCAAUAAAAAUGUACAAAUUAUGAUUGAAUUAGUUUUUCCUUCAAACAUACAUCUAUUGCAUGAUAGCUCUGAUAAACAAAUUGCUUAAAAUUUAAUUCAAGCUGGAGAUAAUACAGAAUUGAUUCCUCUUUUUGCAGCUGGGUAAGUAUAUAUCUCUCCCAUGAUAGAUACUUUAACUUGCUAAACGUAUUACAAUCCUCAUAUCCUUACUGUUUUACAGCAAAUUUUAACUGGAGAUAAAUAGUCAUCAGCUGUAAUCAGAGCUAUUUGUGAUCAUGCUGAUUUGCACCAGUCUAACUUAUAUUAAAUUCCUGUACCUGAGGAUUAUUUUAAUAAGACUUUCGGUUAGUUAUUCCAUUAUCUUGCUACCGAGUAGCAAUUAAUUGCUUUAGCCUUAUAUCGACUUCCUGGUAGUGUUGGUAAUUAAUUUCCUUACACAUACACGAAUCCAAAAGAAAAUACCAAAAUCACUCAUAGAGACAGAGUCUUUGUUUUAGGGCAUUCAGUAUCUUCUGAUUUAAUCAAUAAUGAUGAGACUGGUUAGGAGAGUAUGUAUGAGGAUUUUUUGGUUAAUGAAGAAGAUCUGAGUUAAUUUGAAAACUUAAGAAAACUAGAUAUGGCUUUCUCGAAGCACAGUAAUAAAAAAAUUCCAACAAAGUAAGAAGUGAAAGAAUAACAAUAACUAAAUCAAAAAAUAGAUUUAGAAAACUUAAAUCAAAAUUCAGCAACAUUCAAAGUCAUGGAAAACAUAAAUGAUUAAAUUGAUAAAAUCAGAACUCAAAUAACUAAUUUAAAACUAAAUAUACAAGAAUAAGAUGAAGAUAUCAAAGAUAAAAUAAAAAGUGCAUUUAGAUAAGAAAUAGCAUCACUAUUAAAUUGAGGAAUAUAAAAUUUUAUACAAAAAAACAUAAUUAAUUGAUGAAUUUAUUUAUUUUCAAUUUAAAGAAUAAAUUUAAAUUUAUUUUAAUUAUUUUUAUUAAGACCUUUUUAAGUAGCUUAUUUAUUUUGUUUAAAUGUUCAAUU